AUGAUCAAUCCAAUAUGCAUUUCGAAAAGCGGGAUUAUUAAAAAGCUCGAUGAAGAUGUUAUCAAUAAAAUAGCUGCAGGAGAAGUUAUACAAAGGCCCUAUAAUGCAUUAAAGGAGUUAAUUGAAAACAGUAUUGAUGCCAAAUCUAUGGCAAUCCAGAUAUCAAUAAAAGACGGAGGAAUGAAAUGUAUACAUAUUCAAGAUAAUGGCACAGGAAUUCACAAAGAUGACUUAGGAAUAAUUUGUGAACGAUUCACAACCAGUAAAAUAUGUAAAUACGAUGAUUUAAAUUCUUUACAAACUUAUGGGUUUCGAGGAGAAGCUUUAGCUAGCAUAAGUCAUGUUUCUCAUUUAUAUAUAAUCACAAAAAUGGCCAAUAGUGCAUGCGCUUAUAAGUGCAGCUAUUUAGAUGGAAAGCCUAAAGACACGCCAAAACCUUUUGCUGGUAAUCAAGGUACUCAAAUUAUUAUUGAAGAUUUAUUCUACAAUCUACCAAUAAGAAGGAAAGCUUUGAAAUCUUAUUCACAUGAAUAUGCCAAGAUAUGUGAUAUUGUUAUGAAAUAUGCUGUCCACAAUUAUGGCUUAGCUUUUUCACUCAAGAAACAAAAUUCUCAAAUAGCCAAUAUCCGUACCUACCCAAGUUUAACACCUAUUGAUGCGAUCCGCAACCUCUACGGUCAUAUAGUGGCCCAGGACCUGAUUCAGAUCACCCAUUCCGACCCCACUGGCUAUCGUUUUGAGUUGGUAGCUUAUCUAACCAAUCCAGCCGUCAAUAAAUUCAACAAACAGAACAUCAACAAAUUGAUAAACCUUAAAAAUAACGCUAGUGUUACUGCUCUUGAUUACAAUCUUCCCACAACAUCUUCCAAAUUUUUGUUGUUCAUCAAUAACAGGUGCGUAAAUUGUGUCGAGUUAAAGAAAGCAUUAGACAGUGUUUAUCAAGAAUGCGUGGGAGACAAAUAUUCGAAGUACAAUUUAACCGACGUUGAUUGUGAUAAGCAGGAAAGGGCGCUUAAUUACUUUGCCUACAUUGAUCUCAAGAUUGACCCUCAAAAUAUAGAUGUUAACCUACACCCUACUAAAAGUCAAGUGUGCUUUUUACACCAAGACAAAAUAAUAUCUGUGAUCAAAAAAAUUGUCGAAAAACAAUUUUUCCCUGAAGACUUAAAAAUAGAGUCCUCAAAGAUCUUGAAAAGUUGUUCAGCUUUGAAACUCAAAUCACCUGACGAUUCGAUGCCAAAUAAAAAUGACUCAUUAUUAAAGGAUUACGGCUUCAAAUCUAUCUCCAAUUCAAGCACACUUAUUAGCGAAGAGUCCAUUAAUAUGCCCACGAGCGUCAAUAAUCACAGUAAUAAAUACCUAAAUAGGACAGAUCACACAAGCCAAAAGUUGGAUUUUUUUCUCAGACCUAAAGAUUCUCCAAUACCUACUCUUUCUGAUGAUAAUAAUAAUCAACCUAAGAAAGAUACAGACGCUAGUGAGCUGAUCAGCAUGAAACGUCUCAAGAACGAAAUAAUCGAAAUGGCCGACUGGCAACUCACCAAACUCAUAAGGGAACACGUAUACAUAGGCUGUGUCAAUGCCCAAAACUCGUUGAUUCAACAUAAUACCGGUCUUUAUCUGGCUAACAAUCGCAAAUUAGCUAAAGAGUUAUAUUACCAACUUUUAAUCAAAAAGUUCGGUCGAUUAAGCACUCUUAAAGCUUCCCCUGGAAAAAACGGAGAAGUUAGGAAAGCCUCAUUUAACAUCUUCACCUUGGCACUUACAGCCUUGCAAAACGAAGCUAAAAGCGGGUGGGAACCUAGUCACGGUUCUAAGCAAAAGUUGGCUCAAUUUGUUCAAGAUUUACUUGCAUCGAAAGCCGAUAUGCUGGAAGAAUAUUUUUCCUUCCGUAUUUCAAGAUAUAAAAAAACAUAUGAUGCAAUGGAAACACAAACAGAUGAAGACAAAGAUGAAUAUUAUAUAGAUUCCUUUCCAAUGAUUUUGCCUGGUGAAUACGAAUUCAAGCACACAAACCAAAUUCCACCUGACGAUCCCAAAAACAAGGAUAAAGAGAAAUUUAACCCGUUAAUCGAGCUCAAAUUAUUGGACGAAUUGCCCUUUUUAGUUCUAAGCUUAGCCACUGAAGUUGAGUGGGAUAAUGAAAAGGAAUGUUUUCAAACAUUUGCCCAUCAAAUUGCUAAUUUUUUUGCUGAGAAAUGGACCUUACCUUUUAGCACAUCCGAAGAUUCAAAUGAAGAUAGCGUGAGAAUUGUUUGUGAAAGGGUUCUCUACCCAGCCAUGAAGAAGCAUUUGAUAUUACCCUUAGAAAAUAUAGGUAAAAGCAUCAAUUUAAAUAAUGAUUCCAAACACCAAAACAAUUCAAAUACAACAGAAUGUUUUUUAAUUAAAAUCGCCGAUGUUAAGGAUUUAUACAAAAUUUUUGAAAGAUGCUAAAUUGUAAAGUUUUUUUUAAAAAAUAUUCACUGCACGCACUUUAUAAAUGUAUAAAGUUUUAUAAAUAUAAUUGAUAUUUUAAAAUGAACCUCCAUACUAUGACUUCCUCAAUCUAUUUUAACCAGGGAUGUGACCCCGGAGAAAUAUUAACUGGGUUCGGUUCAAGGUAAAAAAUUUAAGUGGGUUCGAGUUCGUUUCAGGGUAAUAUAUUUGAACUCAAAAUCAAUAAUUAAAAAAACUAAUCAAAAAUUUGAUAUAAAAAAUAAAAUUAUUUUAUUUAUAGGC